AUGGCGCCUGCUGUCCCAACUGCUGCUCAGCCGGCAGUGACCCCAGUCAACACCUCACCUCCCACUGGCGACAUCCAUGACCCUCGUGUCUUGUCCGGCUACUUAGUUGGCGGCACCGUUGCCCUCGUCCUCGCUUUCGGCAUCUGUCUCAAUGCCUACCUGGGUAUCCGCAACUUCUUCCGCAGGCGUCAGGCGCGCCGCGAGAAACGUUUCCUCGAUCAGCACCAUGCUCUUAGCCAAGCGAGAGAGCAGCAACUCCACGAACGCUAUAUCGCUGCCCUUGAUGACCAUGCUAAGCGCACCGCUGCUGCCCUUGCGACUAUCAGCACCGGUGGUGACAUCGAACUCGCGCAACUCAAGUUUGGCGGCGCCGGCAUACAGCUAACUCCCAACGCUCCUCUCGGCCCCAGACCCUACAAUGGCCCCGUGACCAGCCUCGGUAGACCGAUCCCUCCCGAGAAGUAUAACGGCCCUAAGACAAGCCUUGGCAGACCCAUUCUCGCCGCCACUCCUGGUCCUUCCAUGCCCAAGCCGACCAACACCUCUGGCUUCACCAGUCUCGGAAGGCCCAUUGCAGAGAUGGACAUGCCUCCGAGGCCUACAGGUCCUGUCCCCACUAUUACUCCGCAGUACAGCACAUUCCCCCGUGUCAACUACUCCCCUGGACGCCAGCGCUCUGCUACGACCGUCAGCAACGGCAGCUCUUCCAAGCUGAGCCAGAAGAGUAAGGCCAGCAACUCCAGCGCGCCGCCCAUGCCACCCCUGCCUCACAUGGACAAGACCUUGGCCGCCAUCAUUGCCGAGGGCAACCAGAAGGCCAAGGAGGAAAUGGACCGUGUCCGCGUUCCCCAUGCCAUCACCGUCUCUGGCGCAAGACACACGCCCAUUGUGGUCCCGUCGACGGCCACCAUGAUCGCUAUGGACAACAGCGACAUCCCUACUGACAUGACCAACCUGUCCAAGAUCGCGUCGACGCAGCGUGGUGUCGGUACCUCGAACCCUGCCAUUGAGGGCUAUGGCAUCGGCGCGAGCUAUGGUGGCUCCUAUGGCCAUACUACGGGUGGUUACAGUAACCACAAUUUGCGCGGCGCCUACAUCGAGGGCCUCCCGUACACGCCGAGAGGCCACAGGCGUCUGACUUAAGCAAGUCCAUGCGCAUGUUCUCGAGCGUGGCUUGAUGCUACGAUUGACCU